AGUGGCCCAACCACUCUCUCCUACUAACGCAACCCACAUUCCUCUUAUCAAAAGCACCGUAGCAAGGACACUAGCAACUCCAUGGCUCGGCCCCCUUUCUCCACCCGACUCCUCCUCCUCCUCCUCCUCCUCUGCAUAGCUCCGCUGCUCCUCCUCACCUCCGCCUCGUCCGACCAACAGAGACCUUCACAGCAGCAACUCGCAGCGGCCACGAGCUUCAUCCGAGCCUCGUGCCGCACCACUCGGUAUCCUGCACUCUGCGUCUCGUCGCUCUCGGCGUACGCUCCCGCGAUCCGCACCAGCCCUCGCCAGCUCGCCCAUGCCGCCCUCUCCGUCAGCCUUACCCGCGCCAAGUCCACCUCGUCCUUUGUAGCUAAACUCGGCACAACCAGAGGCUUGCGAGCGCGCGAGGCAGGGGCUAUACGGGACUGCGUUGAGAACAUGGGCGACUCUGUCGACGAGAUCAAGCGCUCCCUCGGCGAGAUGGGGCGUGUCGGCGGUGGCACGUUCCAGUGGCGGAUGAGCAAUGUGCAGACGUGGGUAAGCGCCGCCCUCACGAACGAAAACACCUGCGUCGAUGGCUUUCAGGGGGUUGAUGGGAGCACCAAGUCGGCUGUGAAGGCGAGGAUACAGAAUGUCGCGCAGGUCACCAGCAACGCCCUCGCCCUCGUCAAUUGUCUCGCGGCUCCCGCGCCGUAGGAUCCGACGAUCGACGGCUUGUUUUGUUGGCCACGGAGAGAGAGGAUAGGGUACAUGUAUACUAUACGAAGUGCAAGGUACAUGUAGUGUCGUUUAUGUGUGUAUGUGUUUAAUGCGUAUGUGCUCUAUGUGUGUACUCCAUAGCCAUAAUACAGCACCGGUCUUUGUGGUGUGGUUUUUGAGGGAGGGGUUGGACGGUUGGAUUUGGGGAUUCAGGUUGUAAGCACCGGAUCUUGACCGUUGAUCUGUAGAUAAUGUUGUCGUUCUUAGCUCAGGCGAUAUGAAACAAGUUUUGGCAUUGUGAUAUGAA